GUAAUUUCGGCCCUCGUCGCAAGAAGCAAUCGCAAAGCAAUCCGCAGACACAGCUCGCAUCGGUCUAUUUGACUCACUAGGUUGGAGGUUGACUGGAGAUUUCCCCCGAUGCUCUCCCACGGGUGACCUCAACACGACAGGACUAUGUCCUACGGCAAAUCCCUUGCGCUGAGCCAGAAUUCCUUCGUCCAGCCUCCGGACCAGGACGAUGGCGCGCGCGACAUUCAAGACGAGCCUUUGCUCAGACGACAAAAACGUCAAGCAACUGUCUACGAUGCUGUAGCUGGUCGUGUGAAUGCACAUGGUUUUCUCCCAUCGGUCUCAUAUGCCUCGAAACACCGCGACACAGCAUCCUCCAGCGCUCGUCCCGUUCGUCCCGAGGAGGUACUCUUCCGCCGCCAGAAUGCGCCAAUACGAUACGAAGAAAAUGACUUUUACUUCGCGAACGAGUCCCUCCCUGCUGACCGCCCUCUUCCGAGGUCUGAGCUGCUAGAAGCUAUUCACGCCUACACGGCCGAUUUCUAUGAUCAUGCAACGAUCGAUCGUGGUCAAGACGACUACCAAAGCAUGGACGAGACAGCUCUGAUAGCAAUGGGAAUACUGGUGGAGGAGAUGGCUCGAGAGGCUCUGGGUGAAACCGGAGACUUGGUUCUGGUCGAGGGUGAAGAACUCUCGACGGAUGAUGAUCACCUAUCGUCGAGACUCGCAAGUCGCCGCAUGGGCCGGAAACGGGCCAAUACCAGCCAGAGUAUGAUUUUGGCAAGCUCUGGCGAUGAUCUCGAUGGCGUUGUUAGAAAGCGACGGUCGAAGAAGCGCAAGUUGACCCGGAGGGCGUCCACUACUGAUUUUGACACUGAAGCAGACGAGAGGUUGUGAACUCGCAGUUCAUUCUUGCGAGGGCGCCUCGCCGACGCUUUAUGGGAGCCGAUUCAAGCCCAAUGUCGGACUUCCUGGUUAAACCCUGGCUGUUAUGGCACAUCGGUAACACUAUAUUCAAAGACAACUGAGAGGCAGAGAAGCUAGUGUGGAGAUCAAUGCGCAGGAGCAAAGACAUUGAACGUAUCAAUUGACUAUGUUAGAGAAACUACCGAGCAUAUUAGAGCUCCCAACUAAAAUGAAUGUCGCGGGUGAAGCUUCGGUCCAACAAGUUUCUGAAGAUUUUCGAGCAUCGGAGGACUGCAUUAAGAGUUCAUUAUCUGUAGUAGCAAUAUGAAUC